AUAGUUUAUAAUUUCACCAUGCAGUCAGCUGUUUCAAAAUAAAUUAUGUUGUGUAAAGUAAGAUGUUCUUGGCGAACUGGUCGUCGCCUGCUUAAAUUUCUUGGAUUGCAAAGUGGACUCAGACUACUUUCUUAUGGCACAGCGGCUGCAAAGUUGGAGGAAACUGUUAACCCCACAGAACCCUCAUGUAACACCCUCCCAUGGGUCAGCGAUUAUUCACCAUGCUUUGGUAUCCAGGGAAGCUCUGUGGAAAUUCUGCGUACCCCAGAUGAAUUUUAUCAAACACUUAAGAAAAAUUUUAGGGGUGCCAAGAAAAGGAUAGUGAUUGCAUCUCUGUAUUUAGGAACUGGUCAGCUAGAAGAAGAAUUGGUCAAUGCCAUAGAAUAUGCUUGUGAGAGGGCUAAAGAUUCCAAGAACAAGGACUUUGAGGUCCACAUUUUGUUGGACUAUAACAGGGGGUCAAGAGGGGGAGAUGUGUCCUCCCGAACCAUGCUGACACCCCUUUUAGAGCGCUACAGUGGAACAGUCCAGGUGUACCUGUACCACACCCCCGACCUCAGUGGUUACCUGAAAAAGUAUUUACCCCCCAAAAUGGAUGAGACAGUUGGGGUCCAGCACAUGAAGGUCUACAUGUUUGAUGACAGUCUUGUCAUGAGUGGAGCCAAUUUGAGUGAUAAUUACUUCACAAACAGACAAGAUCGCUAUGUGUUAUUCAAUGACUGUCCAGAAAUGUGCGACUUUUUCACAGGACUUGUGAAAACAGUGUCUACUUUCAGUUUAUCACUUGAAGCUGACAACAGUACACGGCUACACCAUAACUGGGAAAUUCAUCCAUAUGAAGGAAAUAACAAAGGUUUCAAGAAGGCAGCAGGAAAAACAGUAACAGAAUAUGUCAGAUCUGUGAGAAGUCAACAGGAAGACAUGCAGGCAAAGAAAAAAACAAAAUGUGACACUUAUGUUUAUCCGUUAGUUCAGAUGGCCUUGUUUGGUAUCCGAACAGAAGAAUCAUUUGUGAAGCAGUUAUUGCGCACUGCCAGUGAUGGAGUGAAAAUCUCACUCGCCACGGGAUAUUUCAAUCUGACAAAACAUUACCAGAACAUUAUUGUCCUCGAGUCUUUAGCAAAAUUUGAUCUCUUAAUAGCAUCUCCACAGGUAAAUGGUUUUUAUGGAGCCAGAGGGGUGAUCGGGAACAUCCCUGAUGCAUACACUUAUAUUGCCUCCAGCUUUUACCACCUGGUUCUGUACCACAAUAUGCAGCACCGGAUCCGGUUGUACGAGUAUUACAGGGACCAGUGGACAUACCAUGUAAAGGGUCUCUGGUAUUAUCUCCCCAACCAGACUCUCCCUUUUCUCUGCAUGAUGGGAUCUUCCAACUUUGGGCAUCGAUCAGUGUACAGAGAUCUUGAAUGCCAAAUAGCUUUAGUCACACAGAACAAACAGCUACAAUCAGAACUUCACAGGGAACAAGAAUAUUUUUUUGCACAUGGAAUACAAACAGACGAGGAUACUUACCAGAAAGCGGACAGAUUUGUGCCAUACUGGGUCAGACUUACCUCCCCUUUCAUAAGACGUUAUUUAUAGCACAUGGUCCACAUAGAAUAGUCAUCAUAGUCAUGUAUUAUUGUUAUAAAUGUUUUUAUAAUAGCAUAUAAAAGUUAUUGAAUACUAAAGCCAUAUUAGAGUUACUUCCCUUUGGAGAAGUACAUGUAUUAGUGCUGUUCUUGGGCAUUAUGUUUUAAGAGAAGUUUCUCUUCAUGGAUAUUUUUUAUGCAAUGCAAUUUUUUACAACUGAAAAUUUUAUUUAUCAUAGAGAACUGCUUAUGUGAUAGUCAAUGCAUAUUUCACUGAUA